AUGUGGGGCUCUCGUCCGAGGUAUUGCCGUAACGUGAAGGCAUUGCUGGAUCGCAGUGCUCGGUUUCUCAGCAGCCUCCUGCACGGCGUGCCAAAUGCUUCUUUUUCACUCCGCCUCAAUGCUCCCUCUCUUUGGGGCAAAAGUGAAUGCACUCCGGAAGAAUGGCAACGGUGUCUCGGAGAAUUGCUUUGCCGCGGUGCUGCCGCGAACUGUUUGCUCGACACGAAGUCUCACGUGGCGGAGGUUCAUGCGUCGCUGGUGGCCGCAUUUCUCCCCAAACCCCAUUGGAAUAACUCUAUCACGCACAGCAUGGACAUUAUUUCACUCUCCUCGCUUGAAAAGGAAGUUUCGGACACUGUGGCGGCCCUCUUGCACCUACCGGCCCGUUUCUUGUGGGUCCGACGUGCGGAGGCGGUCAUGAAGAAGGCGGAGUCUCACAGGACUCAUUCAUCCACGAAAUUGCACAGUGCUUCUCCUGCUGCGCUGAUCUCAGCCGUAGAGCGUCCUGUGCCUUAUGUUGGUGCUGAUGAUGCUGGUGGUGGUGGACUGCUGCACAGCACAUCGCUGGAGAGUCUUAUUGUGCUCCUCACAACGGCCCGAGCGCAGGCUCAUGCUCGUUAUCUGAGUGCGCACUUCUCGAGCCCAGAGGAAGAGGCUCGCCUGUCGCAGCGGUUGGUGCUUUACUGCAGUGAUCAGUGCCAGCCGAUGCUGAAGAAGGCGGCACGCUGCAUUGGCAUACGACACAUCCGAGUAAUGAAAACAGUGUAUUCUCCGCAUGUUCACAACUACCCGAUGCAGUCGGAUAUGUUGAAGGCGUCACUUGCGGAGGAUGUUGCGAACGGACUUUAUCCCUUAUUGGUCUGUGGUGUAUUUGGGGCCCGUACCACCGGUGCCGUGGAUCCUCUUGAGGAUCUGGCGGAAAUUUGUCAUCGGGUAAAAGUAUGGUUUCACAUCGACGCUAGUCACUCUGGAUUGGCACUUGCGGCUUCCGCUGCUACUGCUGCGUAUGGUUUUAGGGAUGAAGCAGGAAAGCCUGGAGAAUUUACAUCUGUUGACGAGAAGGACGCAGCGGCUGAGAGAAUGUGGGAGCAAUGUACAUCGACCUUUCAUAGGGCUGCUCUGCUUGCGGACUCCAUUCACUUUGGUGUUUCAACGUCGUUCCUGCCAACCCUGUCAGCCAACAUUUCUGCUUCACUGUUGUACGUCGCGGAUGUGGCCAAGGUGAAGGUGACAAUGCAAGGGAUGAAUGCGGAGGAUGAGGCGGGUGGGAACACGUGGUGUACGCCGGGUAUGACGGAUGUCGCUUCGUUGCGGCUGGAUACUCCUGACAUGCGUUCUAACGAAAUCUUCCGUCUUGCUCUCAUGCUUAUGCCAUGUAGUCAUGCGUCUGUGGGUUCUGCCGUGCGAGCUCACCAGGCCGCUUUGCGCUACUUGGAACAGCGGCUACGUGCGGAUGGGCGAUUUGACUGCUCUUUGCAUGCUUCCUGCUUUGGGAUGGUGCUAUUCCGCUGGCUUACGCUCGCGGAUGAAGAGACGGCGGGCCUCAUGCAACGGUGGAGCGACGUUAUUGCCUUGUCUUCCGCAAUGAACGAAGCCGGAGGCCACCGCUACCCGCACCGUGUCUCGUUAGGCCUCACGCAGGUCCAGCGGCGGGUUUACAUCUGCGUUGCUCUUGCCGCAGACGGUGAUGAUGGUGAUGCGUGUGUGAGCCGGUGUGACGUGGACGCGCUUGUGGAUUUGCUGAAAAAAGCUGCCGAUGAGUGGAGCGACAUGUCGUCCUCCGUGACGUCCGCGAUAUCAUCGAAAGCGACAACAUGA